AUUUGGUCCUGAGGUCUGAGUAACACACCCUUUCUGCUGCUACGCCUACGACACGAAAAUAUGCGGAAGUAGACCUAUCUAGACGCGUGAGAAUUUCGAAUAAGUAGGUACCUGCUACCUACCUACACCUACGUGACUUGAGAAUUUUAGAACGACGACGACGAACGUUUGACGAAAUAAAAUUCCGUUGAGAUGAUGCAGUAUUACCAGUACGAUCAUCAAACUGCCCAAUGAUCUCACGAUAAAAAAUUUACUCGACGAAUUUAAAAUAUUCUAGCGCUAAAAAAUUCCCGUAAAAUUAUACGGCUCGGAUGUAGAGCUAUAGACUUGUUCCGCCAACUUGUUUGCCACUAUUCACGUCAUUCGAAGGUUAUAUUUUUUAUCGCGCAGUGUUGCCGCCAUGAUUUCUCUCUAGUGGAAAAUUUUACUCGAUUUUGAAUUUUUAUCGGCGAAUUAAAUUCCUCCAUGGUCAUUUCGUAUCAACAAUUUGAAAACUACAUCGGAUACGAAUUUUUUAGAAAAUUUCUCCCACUCGGUACGAUAAUUAGUCGACGCUAGGCGCGAGUCGAUUCAGCUAACUUGGCGUUGUUCGAUUAGCCUAACCUAAUACGAAGUAUGUACUACGUAAUGACGAUGGUGAAAUGAAACGGGAAAUCCCAGAGGCCAUAGCGAUUCGUUUCUCCGUUCGCGACGUCGACAGAACCGAGAACGUUCUCUCACAACGUAUUUAGUUUUAUUCAUUUCUUCCUUCGUUUUCGUUUGCUAAUGCCUUGUGUUAUUGUGACGCGUUAAUUUUUUUUUCACUUUUACGUUUAAAUAGUUUUAAAAAACCAUGAGUUCUCGGGACGAUAAAAUUUACAAAAUGUAUACUCAAUUUUCAGAUGUAAAAUCUAGUCAUAGUGGCCAUUCGCGAGUUGAUAUGAAAGAUACGAAAUGCGUUGAACAGGAAGACUGUAACUACGAUUCUGGAGUAAUAUCGGGAACCAUAUCGGAGAGCUGUGAAAAUAUUCAAUACUCGGAAAGUGAUAUCGGUGAAAAUGAGCCUUCGUUGAGCCAAUCCACCACAUCGAGGACAGAUUCCAUUCUUGAUAAGGAGACACUAGACCAAGACUCGUAUUCGGAUUCUGCCAUUGAUAUGAAAACAAGGUCAGAUAUGAAUUUGGAUAGUGGAUUCAUCUCCGAGGCGAAUAUCCAAUGUUCUUCUUCGAAAAGUAUCGAAUGCGAGAAAGAACCACCUCAAAAAAUUACCCAACCUCAGCUGUCCAUUCCGUGGGAAAUUUUAUACCGCCAAGAUGACGAUGGAAAUACAGCACUACAUCACGCUGUAUUGAGUAAAAAUGAAAUCUUGAUUAAAUACAUCGCCUUCAAUACACCCACCUCAGAUUUAUUGGAUAUUCGAAACCAUAACGCUCAAACGUGUUUGCAUUUAUCUGUGCUGACAAAUCAGCCGAGAAUCACUCGAUUUUUGUUACUCGGUGGAGCUAGACCGUUCGUCGUUGAUGCAAAUGGAAACACUGCUUUGCACUUGGCGUGUCAAAUGAAAAAUUCAAAAUGCGUAGAAGCCCUUUGUGAUGAAAUCAAAAAUUCCGAUAAAAAUUACUAUCGUUUCAAAUACAUGCCCGAAAUAGUACCACCGCAGGAUUACAUCAAUGAAACGAACUAUGAUGGUUUAUCGUGUCUACACAUAGCAACAAUUAAUAAACAGGAUUCAAUUUUCGAAAAAUUAUUGAUGACCGGAGCUGAUAUAAACAUAAAGGAACAUAAAGCUGGAUUCACUGUACUACACGAAGCUGUAGCUACUGGUUCUACGAAUUUGGUGAAAUUGAUUCUUAAACAUCCGUACUUAAACUUGGAACAACAAAAUUAUUCUCGUCAUACUGCGUACCAGUUAUCUUGGAACCAUCCAAAAAUAGCGAAAUUCUUAUUAGAGAAUCAGGCGAUGAAAUUAGAUUUCGUCGAAUACCUCGAGGAUGAAUCUUCAGACGAAAGCGACUCCGAUGAAGAAUACGCUUCUUACUCCAGGAAUGAUUCUCCAAUUAGAAAUUUCACCGAUGCCAGGAGCGAAGUAGUCGUUUGAGCUUCAUAUUUUGUGUGUAACAUAGCAUAAUUGUAUGUACUUAAUAUACGUUCAUGACUGUGUAAAUUGUACCUGAAUGUUACGAUGUAUGAUGAAGCAAGUUCGAACGGCAGCAUUUAUGUAACGACAAAUUAUUUACCUACUUUUACUUGUAAUUUCCCUUUUAAAUCAUUUUAUAAAUACCAUACCUUGAUCUUUAGUAAUUUUUUACUCUUUUUAACCAAUUUUUAUCCUUAUUGGUGCGUAUUUGUUACGACACCAUAGCAUGAUUUUAAUUUCCUAAUAACAACUUCAAACGUGAAUGUUUCAGUCGAAUGUGAGUAUAGUUUCUGAAUGAUCGUGUGAUUUUUAGUAUUUUUUGUAGCAUUAAAGGCUCGUAGGCUACCGUUUUAUUCAAUUGAUUGUAUGUAUUAUUUCUGUGUAUUAUAAAAAUACGUUGUAUAAUAGUUUUUGUGUACAUUUUUUUGUAUUAUAUAAACCAAUCGAGUAUUCCUACACAAAUUUCAAAUUGCAAUUUGUGGAUUUUUCGAAUAAAUGUUUUGAAAUGUU